UAAUUUCUGAUUAGGCGGUAGAGAAAAUACAAAAUGGCUAUGAUUAGCGGAUACAACUAAGGAAGAAGUAGAAAACACAAUAAAAAUCUGUUUGUUGGCGAAAGAGAAAUUGAAGGAAGAAGUCAUUAGGCAAAAUCUCUUCCUCUCUCUCUUAUCUCUGCUUCAUCUUCCUAUAAUACUAAAAUAGAGAGAAGAGAAAGAGGAGAGGGCGUUUAAAGAGAGCAGACGGUGGCGCACCGUAGCACCGCUCCUCCUAACUUACGCCUUUCUUCCUCUUCAUUUUUUUCCUCCGGUUUAGGUUUUAUUCCUCUCCUCCUCUCUCAGGUCGCUUCGAUCCCACGGCAAAGCUCUUGAUUCUUCCCAGGAAAAAAAAUUAAAAUAAAAAAGAAAAAUUGUUGCUUUCGAUAUUGGAUCUGUUUCUACCAUCAGAUGCAUUAUUGAAAAACUCUGGCGGACAUCAAAGGAACCCUAGCUUUCCUUCGGUCGUACCUCGCCUCCAUCGCCGCCGAUCGGUGGUUCGAUUUCAAAUCCAAGAAGAAGAAACGCAGAGGCGCGAUUCGCCGUCUCAGGAUGCUCUGGAUCAUGCGAUUCUCCGGUUUAUUCUCCGCUCUAUUGGCCAUCAUCGUCCUCUCCCCUUCUCUCCAGUCCUUUCCCCCAGCUGAAGCCAUCAGAUCCUCUCACCUCGACGCUUACCUCCGAUUCCCGUCCUCCGACGCGCCGCCGCGUAGAUUCUCCUUCAGGAGAGCCCCUCUCUUCCGCAAUGCCGCCGAUUGCGCCGCCGCAGACGCCGAUUCCGGCGUCUGCAGCCCUUCGCUGGUCCACGUCGCGAUCACACUCGAUUUCGAGUACCUCCGCGGCUCGAUCGCCGCGGUUCACUCGAUCCUCCAGCACUCGUCGUGCCCCGAGAGCGUCUUCUUCCAUUUCCUCGUCUCCGAGACGGACCUGGAGUCCUUGGUUCGCUCGAGCUUCCCCGAAUUGAAAUUCAAGGUUUACUACUUCGAUCCGGAGAUCGUGCGGCCCAUGAUCUCGACCUCCGUGAGGCAGGCCCUCGAGCAGCCGCUGAAUUACGCUAGAAACUAUUUGGCUGACAUGCUGGAGCCCUGCGUGAGGCGCGUGAUCUACCUCGAUUCCGAUCUGAUCGUCGUCGACGACAUCGCCAAGCUAUGGAAGACGAAUCUGGGGUCGAAAACGAUCGGAGCUCCGGAGUACUGCCACGCGAACUUCACCAAGUAUUUCACGCCGGCGUUCUGGUCCGACGAGAGAUUCUCCGGCGCGUUCAGAGGGAGGAGCCCGUGCUACUUCAACACGGGGGUGAUGGUGAUGGAUCUCGAGAGGUGGAGGAGCGUGGGGUACACGGAGGUCAUCGAGAAGUGGAUGGAGGUUCAGAAGAGCGAUCGGAUUUACGAGCUGGGGUCUUUGCCGCCGUUCUUGCUGGUUUUCGCCGGAGAGGUUGCGCCGAUUGAGCAUCGGUGGAAUCAGCACGGUUUAGGAGGAGAUAACGUGAGAGGGAGCUGCAGAGAUCUACAUCCCGGUCCGGUUAGCUUGUUGCAUUGGUCUGGUAGUGGUAAACCGUGGUUCCGGUUAGACUCGAGAAAGCCUUGUCCACUUGAUACUCUUUGGGCACCUUAUGAUUUGUAUGGACACUCACGCUGAUCCUCUGUUACACAUGCGGGUUGUUGGUUUGUACUCUCAGCUGGUAAAUUCUCUCACCCCCUCACAGCAACAACAACAACAACAAAAGUGAAAAAACAUUUUUUUUACUCUCAUUAAUUUUUCUUUCUUUCUUCAAAUUCUCUUUGAAUUUUCCAUGGAAUGUGUUCUCUUCUUGUGUAUUCUAUUCGAUUGUUCGUUUCUGUGCAUGAAAUAAAAAAUCAACAAAAAACAUAGGAUACAUUCAGAUUUGUUGAGAAUCUUUACUUGUACAGAUUGUUUUACCAUAUGUUUUUUUUUU